GGCAGGUUGGAGGGAGCCGGUGAUAGGUCGUUAGCGUCGUCUGGUUAGAAGCAUAUCGUGGCGAUGUGUACAUUAAACGGCACCCUGAAAUCUAACAUGCUGGAGACGAAAGGAUCAUUAUAUCUGCGCUCAAAUCACAUGCAGUAUGACAGACCCACAUUAGUGUCAGGCUGGCACCAAAGCCGUGAGACUGAACCUAAAGAUUAUGAUUUGAGAGGCGUUCCCGCAGGCAAGAAAAAUUUAUGCCAUUCAACAUAUAGAAGAUUAGGAAAUUUGGAAAAUGAAGUCUGGGGUACUACAACUGAAGAACAUUUGUCUCAAGUGAAUUUAAAGAAGGAAUAUGAAGUCAAAGAGGUCCCCAAGUCAAUGGUCAACGAGGACAAUAUCAAUAUUAUUAGCCUUGAAAGGCAAACUGGUCGACCUGAAACGAAUUUGGGACAUAGCAAAGACCAAAUGAAAAUGCAGAUGGAAACAAUUUAUGAGACAGAUUACACGCCGCCGCACUGUUAUACACCCUAUAAAUAUCCAGAGGUCCCCAACUAUUCUUCAGCCUACAAGAAAUGCCACUCUCAGUUUACAGACACGGCAGACUAUAGGAGAUUCGGCAGGAAUACGUGGCAGGACGAAAGUGGGAUUUAUGCUAAUAAUGAAAUUAAGCAGAUGGUGUUCAAGCCAACCUGCCCUAUCACGCCUCAUCUGUGAUAUAUAUACAAGAGGAUCUGUAAUCUAUAUGCGCAAGAGUCUUUCUGAACAAACAUGAAUGACCAAUGCCACCCCCUUUUUUAUUUUAUUUUCUCUUCUAUAACUGGUAAAAUCAUUUUGUUAAUGGCUAUAAAUUUAGACAUUGUUAUAGCUACUGAGUAAAGUAAACUUGAAGCAAA